AGGAGGUGUUAAAUCAAUUUCCAAAUUCGAUUACACAACUUCAGACAAAUACAUAGCAAGUAGAGGGGAUAUUUUAUAAUUUGCCACACAUUACUUUGAACCUCUAUAAUUUGCCACACAUUACUUUGUGUUUUACUAUUUGCCACACAUUACACCAAUUUCUUUAUAAUUUGCCCUAUUCCUCCCUUUACAGAUAUUUUAACUUUUUUUGACCCCAAAAUACGUUGUGUAAUACCGUAAUAUGGCUGAAACUCACCUGGAUGAAACAAAAUCCAUGAACCAAACAGAUCGGUCUCCCCCCAACCACUGUACGCUGCCCACUGAUAUUCCCCAUUCUUUCUCCUAGUGACCACGGGACUGAGCACCCGACGAUGGAGCACGCCACGGCGGCAGGGUCCGCGCCGGCCGACCGGCCGGCCGGCCGCCAUGCCCGCGCUCGUCCUGUGGCUGGCCGGGCCACGGCGAAUUAGCCCAUGGCAGGGGAGGCAACGAGCUCGUCGAUGCAUGUUCGUGCGGACGGAGGGGAAUCGCAAGAUGGAGCCACGGUGGCGCUCGGCGGCGGCCGCGGAUGGUGUGAUGAGGAAGAUCUAGCGGUCGCCUUCCUGGAGGUGCGUUUGCCGGCAUCCACCCCCGAGCUGCUGCCGGCGACACCUCGAAAGCUGAUGUUCGCGGCGACAUCCCCGAGCUCCUGCCGCCGGCAACCUCUUCGAUAUGCUGCUCCCGGCCACCUCCCGAACCAGCUAUUGCCGGAACACAUGCCAAUAUGGUGUGGGAUCCCGCAUGGUGUAGUGCAGAAACAAAAGCAAGAUGGGGAUCCCGGCAGAAACAAAAGCAAGAUGUGGAUCCCGGCAAUAUGAUGAGAUUCAUAUUUAGUCAGUUAUCUACCACAGAUCGUGGCAAAUAAAGAUGGGAAGGUGGGAAGUUCGGGAGAGCUGUUGUACAUGGAUCGUGGCUGCCCUUCAUGGUCUCCGAUCAUGGCUGCGCCACCCGUGGUCCGGCGGCUGCCGGCGGCGGUGAUCUUGCCAAGCCCGCCCAGCUUCUUUGUUUCUUGGAUCCCCGUUUCUCCGCCAGGAACGAAUGAUGCCCACAAUUUCCUUGUUUUGCUGAUUUGGUUGACUCGAUAGAUCUACUAUGUUUGGUUCAGAGUUUCAGCCAUAGGGGUACAGUACGGUAUUACACAACGUAUUUUGGGGUCAAAAAAAUUAAAAGAUCUGUAAAGGGAGGAAUAGGGCAAAUUAUAAAGAAAUUGGUGUAA